AGCGUAGUGUUGUUGUCGUGUUACAGGGAGAGUGAAAGUAAACUAUUGGUUCGAAACAGGGUUUAUAUCGUUUCUAUUCUUUUAAGCAGCGUCUCCAGAAUUUGCUUCCCAAUGGAAGAAGACAUAUUUGAAAAGGACUUGAAAUUGGAAAACGGAAAUGGAGAGGAUAUGUUAAAUGAAGCGAUAGAAGUCCUAAAUGCAAACUUUUCCACUGAAGAUGCGAGUCCAGAAACGCUUUGUGACUUUGAUUUUGGCCACUCAAGAGUGGAACAAUUCUUUACUGGUCAAGACCGAGGAAAGAGAACUAGCGACCUGGUCGUUGGUAACAAGAACUUGGAUGACUUUCAAGAUACUUCUUGGGAAACUGUUCUUCCUUGCACAACGUCAUCUUUCCACAGGCAUUCACCUGAGACAACUUUUUGCCAAGACGUGGAUCACCAGAGGAAUAGACCAUUGAUGCCUGUUGGAUUGGACACACGUAGAGACGGAAAUAAUCUAAAUACAAAGCUGUAUAGCACAAAAUACUGUGAAAACCAGGGUUCUGUAUCAUCAUCGUGGGAGUUUGGGAAUUAUUUAUCAUCACACAAUUGGUCAAGGUCAUUUCAAAGUUCCUCAACUUUCCUUCCUAUUACGCAUUGUAAUCAACCAACAUUCUUUACUUCAUAUUCGGGUCCUCGCGAGUCUGAAAGAGUCACAAUGGCUCCAGAUGGAAGAUCAAGUUAUAUACCCAUUUCUAGUAGAUAUGCUGGUCGAGAACAUUUUCAUGUCCCUUGUCUGAGUUCGUCCUUGUCCGGAACCAAAAUAAGCAAUGCAGGGGAAUCCCUUUCAAAGCGAAACAAGACACCUACUGCAUUUUGUUCUUCGUGUAUGCAGAAUGUUUCAGCUAAUGGAGGUAACUUCCAACGUCAUCAAGAAGCAUGCAGAAGAAGGCAUGGAAAAUUUAACGAACCUCAAAAUGCCAGGAUGAUAAGGCAAGACUUCCCAAAUGACGUAAAAGAAGAUAUGACAGUCAGUAAGACAAACGAGUCUUUCUUGUUGCCACAUAUGGAUGAGGAUUCAGGUAAUUCUAUGGCAAUACAAAGGAUUUUUGAAAACUUCAGGGAAGCGGAUGUUAGAGAUACGCAGAUUUUGGCUGUUCUGCAAGAAUUAAGGAAGACGUUGACGCGGAAUCUUGAUGGAAGGUGCAUUUCUACACUAAGAGAUUCAUUUGCAGCUUUAGCUGAACGUUCUAAAGGUUAUUUAUCUGAUAUCUCGACUUCCAAUAAGGCUCCUUUGCCCGGAGAACAAGUAGCCAUGGCUAUUCUGUUUUAUGCUUCCUGUUAAGGUUGUGUAUUCACGUAAAAAGGUUGAAUAGAACACAGUGGAUUCCAAAUUUAGCAUUGAGAAACAGAGUGAGUUUUGUAUUUGAAUAUAAAGUGGUUGGAAAUUGUUUUACUGGAAUAGAGUUAACUAAUAGAAUACUCAACUUCAAAGUAUUCUAUUUCUGCCAGCUUAGUUUCCACAGAAACACAACGAGCCUUAAAACUGUCAAACAGCUUUUAUACAACCCCCUGCAAAGGGAACUACCCCUCAAUAGGAAUUAUGAGUGGACUGCGUCUACAGAGUACGUCAACAAUGCCAUAUAAACACUUGUCUCAGUGCGCUGUGUCACUCCCCUUCUCCUAUCUAGCAAGAAGAACGUCUUAUAAUACAGGACGUCCUUCGUUUAUACUUCCGAACAAGCACCUUCAGAGAAAACUCUAAAAACCACAGCAAGAACUAUUCCUGGCAGAUAUCCAAGUUUCCGUUGACAAGAGUCUUUCCGGUUGAACUCACGAGUUGAAGCUUGCGUCCCUCUGUCUUCUAGACAUCUACACAGAAGGGCACAUUUGGGAGAAAUAAUCAAAAGACAACAAAAGAACGUAGAAACGAUCCACACAGAGCAUCACA